GGUGCCUCGGUAGAUAUGGCGGCCGUGUGGUCACGUGAGGGGGCGUUAUCACGGGACACCGCGGGCCGCGGGAUUCUUUGCCCAGCGCCGGCGGUCGGGUCGGUGCUCGCGGAGCGGAGGCGCGAGCGGGAGGUUGCCAUGGGAACGCACCCACCGCUGCUGCUGCUCUUCUGCCUCUUCCCGCUGCUGCUGCCGGCCCACAGCGCGCCCGCUGCCCGGCCAGUGGGGCCUGGCCUGGAGGAGCGGUUCUUCCAGCAGGUGCGGGACCACUUCAGCUUCGAGACCUGUAGCAACGGGACCUUCCCGCAGCGGUACCUGGUCUCAGUAAAGUUCUGGAACAAAGGAUUUGGACCAGUCUUUCUCUAUACUGGCAAUGAAGGUGAUAUCUGGACUUUUGCUCAGAACUCCGACUUCAUAUUUGAAUUAGCAGAGGAACAGGAAGCACUUGUGAUAUUUGCUGAGCAUAGGUACUAUGGCAAGUCUCUUCCAUUUGGACAUGACUCAAUACAGCUGAAGAGGACUGGUCUGCUUACUGUGGAACAAGCCCUUGCUGACUACGCAGUGCUAAUUACUGAGCUUAAGCAGCAGUAUGGUGCUGCAGACUGCCCUGUCAUUGCUUUUGGAGGCAGCUAUGGAGGAAUGCUGAGCGCUUACAUGAGGAUGAAGUACCCGAACAUUGUAGCUGGAGCAUUAGCUGCUAGUGCUCCUCUGUUGUCUGUGGCUGGGCUUGGAGACCCCACUCAGUUCUUCAGAGAUGUAACAGCAGACUUCCAGAAGUCUGGACCAGACUGUGUCACAGCUGUACGCAAAGCCUUCCAUCAGAUUAAGAAUCUGUGCCUGAGUGGAGCUUAUGAUGAAAUCAGCAGGAAAAUGGCUACAUGCAAUAAGAUUUCUAACAAGGAGGAUGUUUACCAGCUUUUUGGUUUUGCUAGAAAUGCCUUCACCAUGAUGGCCAUGAUGGACUACCCUUACAAAACUGAUUUCAUGGGUCACCUCCCUGCUAAUCCAGUGAAGGUUGGCUGUGAACAAAUUCUUGCCCAGACAGACCCAAUUCAAGGCCUGGCAGCUCUUGUUGGGGUAUUUUACAACUCCUCUGGCUCAGUACAGUGUUAUGACAUAUACCAACUGUACCGGCCCUGUGCUGAUCCCACAGGCUGUGGCACUGGCAUGGAUGCUGAGGCCUGGGACUAUCAGGUCUGUACAGAGAUCAACUUAACGUUUGACAGCAACAACGUAACUGACAUGUUCCCCAAGAUGCCCUUCACAGAAGCCAUGAGAGAACAGUACUGUCAGAGCAAAUGGAGCGUGAAGCCAAGAGCACAGUGGCUGCAGACAAACUUCUGGGGAGGAGACUUGAAAAGUGCAAGCAACAUCAUUUUUUCAAAUGGAGACUUGGACCCAUGGGCUGGAGGUGGGAUAAAUAGCAGCCUAAGUCCUUCACUAAUUGUAAUAAGCAUUAAAGGAGGUGCUCAUCACCUGGAUCUCCGAGGACACAAUCCAGCUGACCCUCCAUCUGUCAUAGAGGCACGCAAGUUAGAAGCGAGCAUCAUCAGUGACUGGGUGAAAUCUGCAAGAAUGAAAAGAGGAUGGGAGAAGCGCUCUGGAGCUUCAGCAAGUGGGUAGCUGUGAUAAGACACACAUGGAGGUGGCAAGGCUGACACUACUUGCUACCAGGCUGCAAAAAGACCACAGCCUGCUGAGUUGUUCUUUUUGAGAAAGUAUUAUCUCCUCCACCAUGCUGAUGAAAAUUCACCUUCCUGAAGUGUCCCACCUGCACCUAAUAAAGGAUCAAAAGAAAAACAAAAGGAUAAAUCACUGACUGAAGCCAAAACCAUGUUAAUAGAGUUUCAUGUUCACCUACUAAUGAGAAGUUAUUGUAAAUGAUGGAAAGAAUAAAAGCUUGCCUCAAGG